AUCGAUUAUACGAAUUAGAUAAAUUUUUUCCUGGUAUACGAUUUGAUAAAACAAAACCGCCACCAUUACGGAAAGAAUUGUGAUAAAACUCUCGAAAAAGAGAUACGAAAUGUCCAAGUCGAACGCCGAUUUUAGUGCGUUCGACUUUAAUGAGAGCUCCGAUAAUUCAGAUGGGGAAACGCGUGGACCGUUUGUGAGACGAGCGGCUGCCGCUGCUGCGAACAACAGUGGCGGCAACAAGAAUAGCCUAGCUCACAAGAACAACAACAAUAACAAGAAAAGCUCAGGCCCUAAUAACAAUCAGCAUAACAAUGUCAAGCCCACCACCACCACCAACAAUAGCAGCAGCAGCAACAACAACAACACCAUUAGCAAUAAAAACAAUGCCACCAGUCACAUGUCCAGUAGUGCUUCCAACAGCAGUGCUUCAAGCAGUGAAGAUGAAGGCGAGGAACCCAAUGAUGAUGAGGAUGAUGAUGAGAAUAUUUCAUCGGCGGAACAGGAACAGGAUAAGCAACUGCAACAAAACCAAAAACAACAACAGCAACAACAACAACAACAGCAGCUCCACGAAACUCUCACCAAUGGUACACAACGCCUCAAUGAGCCACCCGACGAUGAGGACAACAACAGCAACAGCAGUGCCAGCAGUACCAGUUCCAGCGGCAGCAGUACCAACGACACUCGCGGUAAUGCUGGCGGCUGCGGUGUUGGGUCACUUGGUGCCAAUGGCAGCAGCGGGAAUGCUCAACAGUCCCAUAACUCAGAGGCCUUGCUAAUGGCCGCCAUAGGUGCCAGCAAUGUUGCACAGAAUCACUCUCCAACGCCUACAAACCAACCCACGGGAGGGGCACCAGCCUCAGCAUCUUCGCCAUCGUCUGUGUCACCAUCGGGGCAACAGCAUUCCAAUGGUUUGCCCGACUCUUCGGCAGCAACCGCCAAUAUCGAUGGCAAUGCUCGGGAUGGUAGCCUUGGUGGCAAUGGUGGCGGCAGUGUUGGCUUAGCCUCUGGUCUGACAAACGAAUCGAACAACUCGUCACACUACCAAAACAACUGCAAUGUGAGCAGUUUACUGGACUCGGCCCUGGCUGCAGCCAACAAUCAUAGCCAGAACAAUGGUCACUCCAAUGCCAGCAACAGCAACUGCAACGAAUUGAUACGCAGCAACAGCAGUGCCAGUUUGAGCAAUGCCAGUCAUGUUGGCCUAAAUGCCAUCACUGGGGCAAAUGGUGGAAUUGGAGGUGGUGGUGGCAGUGGCUGUGGUGUGAGUGGUGGCAGUGGCUGUGGUGUGAGUGGUGGCAGCCUAGGAGCUGGCCUAAGUCUGAGUGGCAUUGGUGGAGGAUCGAACAGUGGUGCUGGUGGCAUUGGAAAUCUUGGUGGUGGUGGUGGCGGCAGCCUCUGUGGUGCACCCACAUCGUUAGGGGGUGGUGGCGGCAACUCCAAUUUCCCCAUGUCAGCAUCCGAACGCAAAAAGUAUCGCCACCAGAACUUCAGCAAAAACAUCUACAUCGGCACAAAAAAUGCUGAGAAAUGGGAAUACAUGCGAACGAGACUGCAAUUUAAAAACGAUGUGGAAUUUGUGGCGUAUCUUCUGAAUUUGGCCGACAACGAUACGGAGCGUUUGGCAAACUUACCACCACCAUCGGCGUCGACAACACCAACCAAAUCCUUUGACAGCAACUUCAAGUUGGAACCCAAUCUUAGUGUCAAAGAUUUUGGCAGCAACAGUCAAACGGGAGAAAAUGGUCCAAGUAUUAGCGGCACCACACCCGGCCCGGGCAGCAGUAAAACCCCCAGUCUGGCGGGUGAUACAGCUCCACCGCCAACGAAACGCAAAUAUCGGAAGCGGGUGCAAUUCAACGAUAACCUCAAUGGUCUCAAUAAGUUGAAAAACUUUUCGAAUUUUGCAUUGAAAGCCAAAAAGCAAAUGGCUGCUGGGGCUGGAGCCGGUGCUGCGGCUGGGGCUGAGAAUGCAACAGGCGAUGUGGUGCCGGAGGUUCUGGAUUGUCGCAUUGCUGAGAAAAUCAAAAGUGAAAUGGAGGAAAAGUCUGCAUCGAAAGAGUCGCUGGCCUUGUGUCUAAAGAAGGGCGAUGGUUUCGGUGAUGAUGAAGAAGACGAUGAGGAAGAUGUUGGCACAGCUUCCAUGACCGGUGAAACGGUGGAUAGUCUGAACAAUGCGGCCAAUGGCAAUUUCCAUAUGCGUGUGAAGGGUAAAAAGGGUGCGGCGAAAAAUAUGAAUCCACCACCACCUGCUUCUUAUCUGGAUGAAGAUGAGGACUGUGGUGCCGGCCUGGAGGGCAGUGAUGAUGACGAGGAGGAAGAGGAACCAGAUGAGGAGACCUUGGCGCGAGAAAUGAAAAAUGAACAGAACUUCGUGGAGGAAGAAGAUGAAUUGGACAUUGCAUUCCGUUCGCAUCAGUCGUGUCGCGAGUGUUCCAUUGCCCACGAUUAUAAGGUUUGUCCCCUGCGUACAGCCAUUGGCACUGUUACGGAUGCCGUGGAUUUGGCGGAAUGGUUGGAGAGGAAAAAUCUUGAAGCCUUGGCCAAACUCAAGGCAGAUGCCCAACGCCAGGCGAAACAGUUGCAUGGCGACGUUGAUGAGGACAUGGAUGAUUCUUCACAGCUGUCCGAACUUGAGACGAAGCCUUUGAUAACAUUUGCCGAGGCAUCGGUGCCGGCUGAAUUUGAGCUGCACAAUGUGGAACCCCAUGUGACGGGAGUGUUUUGUCGCACCGAGGUUAGGGCCUUUACCAAACUGGGUCCACUGCGGGGGCAAUCGGUUCAGGCCACAGAAAUUCGUGAGGCCAGCGAUAUGAAGUGGAUUUUCGAAAUUUGUGAAGCCGGUGCAGAGAAAUCUCAAUUCCUGUUGUGUGACAACCCUAACUCUUCGAACUGGUUGCGCUACAUACGGCCGGCACCAACCUACGAGGAGCGUAAUGUGAAUUUGGUCUUUAUCGAAUCUCAGGCAUUUUUCGUGACAUGUCGGGACUUGAAGAACGGCAUGGAAUUGCUGUACUGGAGUGAUGACUGCAACACCAUGUGGCGCAAGAAGCACUGGUCGGAAAAGACAAAUUGCGGUGGCUGCAAUUUGAAGUUCGAUCAUCCGCUGUACUAUCGCACCCACUGUUCCAUCUUCCAUGAUCCCACAAUGAGCUUGACAAUACGCAAAUAUCACUGCAAGGUUUGCGGCGAAGCCGUACUGGGCAAGGACAACAUCAUGAAGCACGCGGCCGAGAAACACGACGGCAAGGGUGCCCACCAAUGCCAGUUCUGCAACAAGUUCUUCUUGCGCAUCAGCUAUUUGGAUAUGCAUCGAACCUAUGGCUGUGUGGCCAAUCCGAAUCGCACCCGGCCCAUUUGUGAUUUUUGUGGUCGCAAAUUCUAUCGACCGCAAAAGCUUAAGGCUCACAUUCGGCGAAUGCACAGUGAUAUGGCUGAUUCUUUACGAGAUUUUCAGUGUAAAUUAUGUUCCAAACUUCUAGGCUCACGGGCAGCAUUGCAGCGUCACGCCAAGGAGGUGCACAGUCGGAAUUCCACUGUGGUCAGUUGUCCCAGAUGUCAGAAACUGUUCCAGAAUCGUAGCAAUUUGAAGAUACACAUGUUGACGCAUUCGGGUGUGCGGCCGUUUAAAUGUGCCGAACCGGAAUGUAAUGCCGCUUUCACCACCAAACAAUGUCUGCAGUUCCACUACAAAAAAGUGCACAACUACACCCAGGAGCAAAUGCCGAAAAUUGAACGCAGUGUGGCCUAUACCUUUGAUGCCUAUUCGGGUGGUAUGAAAGUUGAUUUCCUCGAACAAGCUCCGCGACGAAGACGCAAGAGUCUGGAGGAUCAAAAUUCCGUCAUGAGCUCGAGCAUUCAGAGUGAUGCCGAAUUUUCCGAUGACAACAUUUUCGAGGCCAUUAAGAAAUCCGGCAAAUCCAUCAAAGAUCUGUGUCGAAAUGAACCCAACCUCUCUUUGUUGUCCUCAAAGAUUUCCAGCAUAUUCGGUGAGAAGCCACCGCCCCGAAAGCGUGGCCGCAAACCCAAGGACUACCAUUUGAUGGAACAACAAGAGCAGGAACAUUUGGAGCAAAUGCGACGCAAACAAAAUGCUCAAUUGAGUUUGGUGGAAACCUUCCUCACCACCACAGCUCAACGUUUGACGGCCCAGCAGCAGGUGCAACAGGUGGUGGCGGCAGCAGCUGCUGUCUCAGCCAUGACCGGGGCGGCCAGUGAUGAUGCCACCAAUAAAAUGCACAUGAUGUCCGGAUUGAAUCCCACGCACAUGGGUAUGGGGGCCCAUCAUCAUCUGCACCAGCAACACCAGCAGCAGCACCAACAACAACAACAGCAGCAGCAACAACACCAGCAGCAGCAACAACAGAAUCAGCCGGGCAACAUGAGCCACGACGAGGACGACGAUGAGGAGGAUGACGAUGAUGAUGAUCAAAGCCACCAUGGUGGCCAUCAGGGUACACCCCACCACAUGGGAGGCCAUGACAAUAACGGUUAUCGACAUCACCCGGGCAUGAAUGCCAUGGGUCAAAAUUUGGUUGUGAGCAAAGGUAGCAAAAAAUGGAUAAGCGGCGAUGAUCGCCAUCUGAAUCGGGACUGUGCGGUGGGUGACAUGUCGUCGUCAUCGGGCAUGAACAAUACUGCCAACCAGUGCGGCAUGUCGGCAGACAAUGACAUGCCAUUGCCGCCGUUCGCUGUGCCUCAAAGCAGUGCAGAGGAUCCCAACAAGCUAAUGGGUUCCAAUCGGGACUUCUUGUCGCGUCUCAUCAACUCCGCCAAUCCAACGCAUCACAAUCACCAUGGUUCCAAUGCAAGGGAGGAGGAUGAGAAUACCUCGUUCCUGGAUGUGGUGGAAUCGAAUAAUGCUGCAGCUGCCGCCGCGGCUGCUGCUGCUGCGGCGGCCGCCGCCAAUAGUCAGAUGGCACAAUACCAUCACAGUGGCCAAAACAAUGAGGCGGCCAACAAUAACGCCGGCUCCGUGGCUUCCAACAAUACCAAUGCCUCCGGUCUAACCGGACCUGGGCCAACGCAUCCCGGCAACAACAGCCAGGAUGAUGCCGAUCAAAUGUCCAUGAAUUCCCUAACCCAAUCCCAAGCCUUUAUGAGUUCUUUUUACAACAACGCAAAUGCAAGACUGAGCGGCACAGCCACCGGAUCCUCUUCCUCGGCCAGCAUGCUGGUCGAGGCAGCCCUCAAUUCGGUCGGCAAUAUGAUCGACAAUGACAACAAUGACAUGAAAGUCCCCACCGAGAGCAACAUCAACACCGACAGCCCCAUGAGUUCGCAUGUCGAUGCGGAAGCGAAUCGCUUUGCCGGCGGCCACAAUCCCAUGGACAACCUGGAGAGUGAGCUGAAAAUGAUGAAAAAUCUCAACAACUUCCCCAUGCAAAUACCACCACUGCCAAUGUUUCCGAAUGCGGGCAAUAAUCUCAACUCCUGUGACAUAUCGCCAAGUGCUUCGACGCCAACGAAUCCGCGCAGCAAUCAAAACGAUGUGGACGUAGAUGCUGGCUCAACGCCCAGGGGCCAGCAUAUGGGCAACUCGUCGAUCAAUGAGUCGGAGGCGUUUCCUUCAGCUGCCCAACAUCGAACACCGCCAACACCCCAACCUAUUUCGCCGGGCAGGGAUUAUGGAAUGUUCGGCGGCGGAGGAAAUCAGCCAGGUUCGAAUGGUGGUACACCGGGUGGGCCUGGUACGGCGGGCAGUAACAGCAGUGCCAACAGCACAGGUGGUAACAGUAGUAACAACAACAUAUCAGCUUCAUCUCCCUUACCUGCCGCCUUGGUGCAUCGACGCAAUGCCCCCAGUGUGGGUAGUGUGUAUCCCGAACACGAACUUAUAUCGCCGGCCUCGUCACCCUCCAUACCGCGUUACAAUUUCAACAAUGGUGAUGUUAUGCGUCACAAGCAACGGUCCGACUCGGAAACGGAUAGGCGGCAUGUCCUCCCGACGGGGCACAAUCACCAUCAUCAUCUGUCCAGCGAUGAGGAGAAUAGCAUAAUGCCUCAAAAUAGUGUGGGCCAGGAUAUGCGCAUGAAAUUCCCCCAGACCCAAAUGGAUUUGAUGUACUCGAAAUACGAAAGUCUGGCCAAUCAAACAGCUUUAAAAUACAACAAUCAAAACAUGGACUCACCCUCGGAGUAUCGCAACACGAAUUCGGCAGCCAGUGUGGCUGCCAGCUCAAAUGACAUCUCCGAUUUGCAGGGUCUCGAUAUGUCAUCGCGCUCCAAUGUGAGUGCUGCGAACUAUCAUCACAAUUUCCAGUUGCCCAGUAAUAGCUCAGCAAAUCUGCCCGGCAUCGGAAGGUAUCAUCAUCACAUUUAUGACAUCCUCUCGGAAAGAGAACAAAAUCAACAGUCCCAGCAGAGUCAGCAGCAUCAUUCAGCAUCGGCAGGUGGUCCAGCUGCAGCGGCGCAACAUCAGCAGCAGGAUCAUCCCAGUCAGCUGGCCAUGCAGCAGCACCAAUCGGCCAUGCAUAGUAUGCUUACGGAUCAACUCAGCGAACAGGACCAUGAUCAGGCCACUUCCGUAGAUUUGAGUCGUACCGCCAACUAUGUGGUUCCCUCGCCGCCACAGCUGCCCUACAAUCAUCCACAUCACGACAUGUUGCGCAUGGCCUCAUUGGACCUAACGCCCAACACCAACAUGUCGGUGGGCAACAAUCGUUCCUUCCUCUCGUCACAAAUGCAACAUCAGAGCCGCGAAAGUCUCGAACAUCAUCGCCUACUCUCGACGGUGGAACAGCAUCGUAUUUUGGCAGCAUCAAAUGCUGCCGAUCAACAUCGUUUGCUCGUGGACCCGACGGCUCAUUUGCUGAUGGAGCAAAACAAUCGCCUGCUCGGUGGUCCCGAUCAAUCGCGACUACUGGGCGAGUCGGCUCAGAAUCGUCAUAUGGCACGUGGUUUUGGUGCUUAUCAUCAGGUGGCGUCAAGUAAUUAUCAUCCGGGUGUGAGAGCGCCUGUCUUGCCCUCAGCAAAUCAUCAUGCUUCCAAUCCUUCGAAUUAUCAUCCAUUCCCGGCCUAUUAUUAGUUAAGGAUAUAAGUUUUGUUUGCACAUAAGCAACAUGAAAGUAUUUACAUUGGUAUUUUUUUUUUUUUUUUGGGAGAGAGGAUUAUUGCGAAGGUGUAGUUAUUCUCGGAAAUGUUGAGAGUUCUCGAAUCAAUACUCUAGGUCCAAGGUCUGCGGCCUAAAUGUUUGCGUGCCCAAGGCUUUAAUACACCCUCCAGAAUAUUUUCGCGAUAAUAUUCGGCAUUUAUUCUGAUGCCACGGACGAUUAAUACGGGCGGAGAGCGACCAUCGGCUGUUACGACGGCCCACAUAAUCACAAUGCUCGGCGCAUGAAUUUUGGUGGCCAACCGAAGGUUCACAUUUUCAGAUGACCUCUUCGGCAAGUAAACACGAUCAUUUUUUUUUUUUGUUUACAAACUGCUGGAUAACGAAUGUUUGCUCAUCGGAGAAAACCAAAUUCGGCAGUUCACCACUUUCGGCAAAGUGAAGCAACUCUAUAGCUCUUUUGAGUCUAUUUUCAUUCUGUUGCGGUGUAAGUUCUUGCACUUUUUGGAAUUUCAAUGGCUUUACCCCGAGCUCAUUUUUCAAUAUUUGUCGCUUCUUUACUUUUCGAACCAUUUCUGCUGAUUUUGCUGUUUUCUUCCAUCCACUUGCUUGACGUCGGGCUACGCUGACAGUAUCACGGUAACGAGUGAUGGUACGAGACACAAAAGAUUUAUUCACAUUUAAAUGAUGGAGUGCUCUAACGAUAGCCACAUGUGGUUUUCCAGCCACUAUCACGCUUGAAUUCCAUCACGAAUAACUUUUUUUCUGGAAAAUUCUCACCAAAAUGCUUUUGUACGCUUGUAAGCAAUAUAAUGAGCAGUCACUGGAAUAAUUUUAACAGCUGUCGGACGAGUGGCUUAGAAAUGACAGCAGUCUGAAGUUGGUUGCAGUUUUUUGAUCUAACCGUGUUAAAGUAAUAUACGAUAAGUGUUAAUGCAUUUGAAGUAUAUGAAAUUCCGAAAGGCCAUAAAAUCUUUAUGUGCGCCCUAAGGAAUUUGAAAAUGUCCCCGCACAAAGAUAGCACUGCAGUCACGAGUUAGCAUAAACCAACUAUCUGUGUUCAUUAAUAAAAAUCAUUAUUAGGAUCAAAACAGGCAAUGUUAGAAUGUAAGUAGCUAUCAAGAAUUGUGAAAUAAAAUCAGACUCGAAGCUACAUCCUUCUCACUAAAACAAUUGGUCCUUCGAGCCGGAUAGAGAAUCGAAAUUACAUCGAAAGAAUAAAGUUGUUCUUUCCUUUUCACUAAAACAUUUGAUCCGUCGAGCUGGAUUGAGAAUCGAAACUGCAUACGUUUUUCAAUUUAUGCAUUUGAUCCUUCGAGGCGGAUAGAGAAUUGAAUCUACAACCGAAUCUAGAGUCCCUCCUCUCACUUGUACAUUUGGUCCUUCGAUCCGGAUAAAGAAUCGAAACUGCAUCCAAAGAGUAGGGUUGUUGUUUCUUUUCUCAAUUUGUACAUUUGGUCCUUCGAACCGAAUAGAGAAUUGAAUCUACAACCGAACAAAGCGCUGGUGUCCCUUUUCUCAUUUGUACAUUUGGUCCUUCGAGACGGAUAGAGAAUCGAAACUACAUCGAAAGAAUAAAGUUGUUCUUUCUUUUUCACUAAAACAUUUGAUCUUUCGAGCUGGAUUGAGAAUCGAAACUGCAUACAAAGAAUAGGGUUGUUGUUGCGUUUUUCAUUUUAUGUAUUUGGUCCUUCGAGCCGGAUAGAGGAUUGAAUCUACAACCGAAUCUAGUGUCCCUCUUCUCAUUUGUACAUUUGAUCCUUCCAGCCGGAUAGAUAAUAGAAACUUCGUCCAUAGAAUAGGCUUUUCGUUACUUUUCUCAAUUUAUGUAUCCCUCCUUUGGUCCUUCGAGCCGGAUAAAGAAUCAAAACUGCAUCCAAAGAGUAGGGUUGUUGUUUCUUUUUGCAAUUUGUACAUUUGGUCCUUCGACCCGAAUAGCGAAUUGAAUCUACAACCGAACAAAGCGCUAGUGUCCCUCUUCUCAUUUGUAUAUUUGGUCCUUCGAGACGGAUAGAGAAUCGAAACUACAUCGAAAGCAUAAAGUUGUUCUUCCCUUUUCACUAAAACAUUUGAUCCUUCGAGCUGGGUAGAUAAUCGAAACUUCGUUCAUAGAACAGGUUUAUGCAUUUGGUCCUUCGAGCCGGAUAUAGAAUCGAAACUACAUCCAAAGAUUAAAGUUAUUCUUCCCUUUUCACUAAAACAUUUGGUCCUUCGAGCCGGAUAGAUAAUCCAAACUUCGUCCAUAGAAUAGGCUUGUUGUUUCUUUUUUCAAAUUGUACAUAUAAUCCUUCGAGCCGGAUAGAGAAUUGAAUCUUCAAGCGAACAAAGCGCUAGUGUCCCUCUUCUCGUUUGUACAUUUGGUCCUUCGAGUCGGAUAGAGAAUUAACUCUACAACCGAACAAAGCGCUAGUGUCCCUCUUCUCAUUUGUACAUUUGGUCCUUCGAGCCGGAUAGAGGAUCGAAACUACAUCCAAAGAAUAGGAUUGUUGUUUCUUUUCUCAAUUUGUACAUUUGGUCCUUCGAGCCGGAUAAAGAAUCGAAACUACAUCCAAAGAAUAAGUUGUUCAUUCCCUCCCACUAAAACAUUUGGUCCUUCGAGCUGGGUAGAUAAUCGAAACUUCGUCCAUAGAAUAGGCUUGUAGUUUCUUUUCUCAAUUUGUACAUUUGGUCGUUCGAGUCGGAAAAAGAAUUGAUUCUACAACCGAACAAAGCGCUAGUGUUGCUCUUCUCAUUUGUAUAUUUGGUCCUUCGAGCCGGAUAGAGAAUCGAAAAUUCAUCCAAAGAAUAAAGCUGCUAUUUCCUUCUCACUAAAAGAUUUGGUCCUUCGAGCCGAAUAGAGAAUCGAAACUACAUCCGAAGAAUAGAGUUGUUGCUCUCUUUCUCGGCUUUUUACAUUCAUGUAGAAAGUAAAAUAAAAUUGAAUAAAAAAUUCAAAUAUUAUAUUCAGUCGUACCUGUUAUAAAUUACCCAACACUCCAGAUCCCCGAUUAACAACGUUGUUCUCUAUAAGUACUUUCAGGAAUAUACUUAUAUAUAAAAGUAAAUUUCAGAACUCAAAACUGCUAGCACUAUAUUCUGAAAAUAACUUAGCAUUUUUAAAUCUUCUCCAACAAAAAAAUCCCAAUGUAAAUAUUAAAAAUAUCCUUAUUCUUUUCGCAGAUCCUAUUUCCUUUGAUAUUAUAGUGCAAUAAUUUGUAUAACUGUUAUAGAUAUAGUUUUUUUUUUUCAAUAUUUGUUUGCACACAUAUAGUUUUUAGCAACUACAAUGCAAUAGCAAGACAUAUACACUAGUCAACAAAACCAAAACAGAAAUCAACAUAUGAUUCUAAUCGAUAUAUUGUUUAAGCAUUUUCGUUACUAUUUUUCUUAGCCAUAAACAAAUAAAUAUUAAUUAUUACUAUUAUUAAUUUAGUGAAUUUUUUAUAGAUCAUAAACAAAGUUUUAGUUCCUCAUUUCUGAUAGAUAUAUAUACACACAUAGACAUGGCUCCAGUUCCGUGGUGAAAUGGGCUAACACAAUAUUAAUAGCCUAUAUUUCUAAUCCGUUGUUUUUUGUCAGCUUUAGUUUUACUUUUUAUUAUUCAAUCAUUGUGUUGUGUACUUAAAAAAAAAACAUACAUAUUAAAUGUAUAAUGUAAA